GAGGUGCAAGUACCCACUUCAACAGCCUUAUUUUACAUGGAGGUUCGACGACGACGUGCGGUUGUUGUGAUUUCUUGACAGUAAAUAGUAAUCAUCAUGGCGGUCGGCAAAAAUAAAGGAUUAACAAAAAGUGGAAAGAAGGGUGCGAAGAAGAAGAUUGUUGAUCCCUUCACCCGCAAAGAUUGGUACGAUGUCAAGGCACCCUCCAUGUUCACUACACGCCAAAUAGGCAAGACCUUAGUCAACAGGACUGUUGGAACAAAAUUGGCUGCUGAUGGUCUUAAAGGACGAGUAUUUGAAGUCUCUCUUGCAGAUUUACAAAAUGACAACGAUGCGGAAAGAUCUUACAGAAAAUUCAAGCUAAUUGCAGAAGAUGUUCAGGGUAGGAAUGUAUUAACAAAUUUCCAUGGGAUGGAUUUAACCACCGACAAAUUGCGUAGCAUGGUUAAGAAAUGGCAGACUCUCAUUGAAGCCAACACAGAUGUUAAGACUAAAGAUGGAUAUACUCUCAGAGUUUUCUGCAUUGGAUUCACUCACAAAGACCAGCUAUCCCAAAGGAAAACUUGCUAUGCCAAACACACGCAGGUUUGCCAAAUUAGGAAAAAAAUGGUUGAUCAGAUAGCACAAGAAGUAACACCAUUUGAAUUAAAAGAAGUUGUCAACAAGCUUCUCCCUGAUUCCAUCGCUAAAGAAAUCGAAAAGAAAGUCCAGAGCACUUAUCCCCUGCAUGAUGUAUACAUCCGGAAG